AGAGCACCAACCAGCAGCCACUCCCGGCCUGCCGAAGUUUCACUUUUUGUCUGUGGGUUCGCUCCCGGGCCCCGCUCCGAGCGUUCCCGGGAUAAGUAGCACUAGCGGCGGGAAGAGCCGGCCGCUGCAAGGGAAACAAACCCAGAUCCGCAGAAGUUGAGUGCCAGUCCUGAAGUCUUUGGUGGAUAGUGGUGGACUGAGGUGGGAACUGAAGCAGAGAAGUAGAGAGCCAGCUGGUUCUGCAUUUGUCAUCGUUCCCUGCUCCCUCAUUGGAGAGGAGGAAUUUUCCCUUAGCUGGGUCUCGCUCCAAAGCUGUCUGUAUACAUGGUGCUUUCACACAAAGUGUCUGGUAAAUUUAAGUGAGUCCACACUAAGCUGGAAAAAUAUCUGCCCACCUUUUCUUAAGAAAUUAAACUUGGCACAUGAUGCGUUCCAGAACUACAAAAGAAAGGUGAGAGCCAGAGCAAGCGAGGCUGCCCUUAUAUGGACAUGAAGAAGCAGGCUACAGUGUGAGACUAACAUAUCGUCUGGGUGAGCCUUGCCCAUUGUCCAUUGCAAAAGCCAGAAGUUGCUUGAGAUUUCAACCAUGUCUCACCCAUCUUGGCUGCCACCCAAAAGCACUGGUGAGCCUCUUGGCCAUGUUCCUGCACGCAUGGAGACCACCCAUUCUUUUGGGACCCCCAGUAUCUCAGUGUCGACACAACAGCCACCCAAGAAGUUUGCUCCAGUAGUUGCUCCAAAGCCCAAGUACAACCCGUACAAGCAGCCCGGAGGAGAGGGUGAUUUUCUCCCUCCCCCACCUCCACCUUUGGAUGACCCUGGUACCAUUCCUCCUGGCCCUGGACACUUCCCUCCUCCUCCACCGCUGGAUGAAGGUGCUUUCAAAGUGCAGGGAAAUCCUGGAGGCAAGACCCUGGAGGAAAGACGGUCCAGUCUGGAUGCGGAGAUCGAUUCCUUGACCAGCAUCCUGGCUGAUCUGGAGUGCAGCUCUCCUUACAAACCUCGGCCCCCACAGGGCUCUGCUAGUCUAACAGCCUCUCCUCCGGUGUCUACUCCCGUCACGGGACAUAAGAGAAUGGUCAUUCCAAACCAGCCCCCUCUGACGGCAACCAAGAAGUCGGCGAUGAAACCACAGCCUUCUCCCCAGGCUGCACCCAUCCCAGUGACGCCCAUCGGCACUCUCAAACCGCAGCCUCAGCCAGUUCCAGCCUCUUACACUACAGCAUCCACACCUUCGAGGCCCACCUUCAAUGUGCAAGUGAAGUCGGCCCAGCCCAGCCCACAUUACACGGCUGGCCCAUCUGCUGGACAAAUCUAUGGCCCAGGGCCUCAAGGCUAUAACACUCAGCCAGUUCCUCCGUCAGGACAGUGUCCUCCUCCUUCGACUCGUGCUGGUGCCGACUAUGCGUAUAUUCCACCCCCGGGGCAUCAGCCUGAGCCGGGAUAUGGCUAUACCCCCAACCAAGGACGCUAUUAUGAACCGUAUUAUGCAGCAGGGCCUGGUUAUGGGGGCAGAAAUGAUGUGGAUCCUUCUUAUGGACAACAACAAGUUCAGCCUCAUACCUGGAAGCGGGAACCUGGGUAUGCUGCUUCUGGAGCCGGGAAUCAGAACCCUCCGGGGAUGUAUCCCGUCAGUGGUCCCAAGAAGACCUAUAUCACAGACCCUGUGCCAGCCCAGUGUGCACCACCACUGCAGCCAAAGGGCGGACACCCAGGGUCUAUGGGGCCUCCUUCUGUUGCCCCAUCAUUCCGGCCAGAAGAUGAGCUCGAGCACCUGACCAAGAAGAUGCUGUAUGACAUGGAAAACCCCCCUUCUGACGAGUACUUUGGCCGUUGUGCUCGCUGUGGGGAGAACGUGGUUGGGGAAGGGACAGGAUGCACCGCCAUGGAUCAAGUCUUCCACGUGGAUUGCUUCACCUGCAUCGUCUGUAAUAACAAGCUCCGAGGACAGCCUUUCUAUGCCGUGGAGAAGAAGGCCUACUGUGAGCCCUGCUACAUUAACACUCUGGAGCAGUGCAAUGUGUGUUCGAAGCCCAUCAUGGAGCGCAUCCUCCGUGCCACCGGCAAGGCCUACCACCCUCACUGCUUCACCUGCGUGAUGUGCCACCGUAGCCUGGAUGGCAUCCCGUUCACCGUCGAUGCCUCUGGUCUCAUCCACUGCAUCGAGGAUUUCCACAAGAAAUUUGCUCCACGCUGUUCUGUGUGCAAGGAGCCUAUCAUGCCUGCCCCAGGCCAGGAGGAGACUGUCCGCAUUGUGGCUCUGGACCGUGAUUUCCACGUGCACUGCUACCGCUGUGAGGAUUGUGGUGGUCUUCUGUCUGAAGGAGACAACCAAGGCUGCUACCCUUUGGAUGGACACAUCCUCUGCAAGACCUGCAACUCCGCCCGCAUCAGGGUAUUGACCGCCAAGGCAAGCACUGACCUGUAGAGUCGGUUGCCCGCUUCGCCGCCAAGCGUGCGGCACCGAGAACGAAACACAAGACAAAGAGAAGAGAAGAAAUAGAAAAAUAGAGGCAAAGCUCUCAACCCCUGGGAUGGUCUCUGUUCUUCAUCUGCUGUUAACCUUUUCUUUAGAAGCACAUACAGGAUGAGAUUUGUUUAAGUUCCUACCAAAUACACAUUUCACAUUUAAUCAUGCAAGGCCUUGAUGAGCCUUUGUUGUAAGGACCUCCACAUUUUUGCACAGAUUAGGCUCCGUCCCAUUCACUUCUGCAUUCCUGUAACUUUUAAUCCCCGUGUUUGUCUCACUUUCCAUGUGGCUGAAUAGGUUUUUAGUGUGGUAUUUGCUGUCACAUGAUGUAUCCUGGGUGGAUAUGCCAGCCUGCAGGUGCCUUUAGCUUGACGUCUCCUGCUGUCCCCUUUCCCUCUGGCCAUGGCCACGGAAAUCAAGCCGUUCUGUUGCCAAGAGUUGGAAAGGUGGAUUUCCCCAUGGCACUGUACCACUCGUGUCUCCUGGUAAAAAUAAAUGUGGGGGGAGUGCACAUUCUUCUGCUAGGCUAUAAAGAAUGUACUUGAAAAAAAUACAUAAAUUUACAGGAGCCCAAAUUUACUUUGCCAUUAUCCAAAUUCAAGAUGUGCAGUGCCCAGUGGUCGAUGCUCAUUUGAAGGCAUUUUUUAGCCGAUAUCUAAAAUGUGAUAGAACCACCAUUCACUACUGAGUUAAAGAGACCACAUGGGAAAUGCUAGCCAAAGGACCGCUUGAAAGCAAUUUCAAAGCGUUUGAAAAGCCCAGUUUAUUUUCAACAAUUCUACCUUGAGCUUUUCGUCUCCAUGCUAUCUGGACAUAAGACAGACAGACAGACUUGCUUUUGGUACAUUUCCAAUUCUGUCUGACACUUCAUCUUACAAGGACUGUGAAUUUUCCCCUACCACACACGCAUGGUUACUACAAUUAACAUUUAUCUACAGAGAGAUAUGUAUUAAGAGGAAUCAAAUUCUUCUCUUUCUUUCAUUUUUAUAAUAACCCAAAUCUAUUUUUUUUUGAAAACUGCAAAUUUGGACCCAUAAAACGAAGUUACAUAACCAUGUUUCCUCUUCUUUGAAAAGAGAAGGAAAAGCUGGGCAAAGAUUGCGAAACCAGAGUUUUAUUAUUCUGACAAUCCUUCUGUAGCUCAAGUACAUAUUGCAGGAGACAUUUUCCUAUCUUCAGCGUGACAUUUACACCACACUUUCAAAGACAAUCCCUGAAAACAAAAUUGUCUUCCUGAGCUAAAAAUAUGCAGAAUGCCUGACUAGAGUCUUUAUGCGAACUCUUAUUAGCCAGCGAAACGCUUGCUUGCCAACUGGAGCCAGUUUGCUCGGUGGAGAGGAGACACUUCGCUUAGCAAUAGCAGCUGGCCAUUUUGUGAACUCACGGUUCUCUAUCUUGGGACGAGAUUUCCCAAUCCUUUCUUUAAAUCUUCUACAAAUAUAUACUUUAAAUUAUGGAAUACUUUAAAUAUACAGAAGGGUAUAAAUAAUAAUAUAAUGAAUCCCUCUGUAGCUAACACCCAGUCCUAGACAUAGAGAAAUAUAGCCGCCUUAAAUCCCAAUAUACCUUUAUAUUUCUUUAUGCGGUCGGUGCUGGGAGUUGAGCUGGGGCCUCAAGUGUUGGCAAGCACCAUCCCACUCCUGCAUCCCCGGCCCUUCUGUGUCUUUUUAUUUUUUUUUAAAUCUUUAUGACAUGAUGAUCUUCUAGUCUGACAGUUUUAAUUUUAACAUUUAGAGCCAAAAAAUUUUUAAUUGCUUGUGCAUGUUUCAAAUUGCAAACCCAUGCAUGCCUCAGGAAUUCUUUAUAAAGUUGAUUUUACUUGAAUAGAAGUCAUCAGAAAAGUGAUUAAAAGAAACCCUUAAGCUUUUGUCACUCAGCUUGUCUGGGUCAAUGUGGGGCUUCUUUAACUUUCUUCGCUAAGCAGUUUGCAUGCUAGAACCCCUAAAGCUGGAUUUCAGGGGGUACCCUCUACUGCCUGCUCUUACCUGCUUCUCUUCUCUGGAGAUGCACGGAGGGCAGCUUGUGGAUUUCAGGAUAUGGUGGGUGGUGGCUCUAUCCCUGAAUCCCUGUGUUCCAAUUCAGAGGCUCAGCUGUGCCAUUGACCUUGGAGAACUCUGACUGUCGGACAGUCAAGGUGGCAAUACAGUCCGCUUGAACUGACCAAAAUCUUCAACGUGAAAUUCAGGAAACUGUCUUGAUGCCAAAAGUAGGGUCUAGUUUAACGAGGGCAGAAAUUAUGUCUAGAAAUGCAGUAAUAUUGCUAUAAGUUUAGACACCAGAGGAAGAAUUUAUGUACUAUUUAUACUAUAGAGCAAUAACAUCAUGUGUGUAUUACAUUUAACUACUUCCCGAACCAGAUGCUUGCAUGCAAGAGUUGCAGGGAUUGCCACCACCGUUUCUCCCCUGAGGUCUGAGGACGCAGCUCUGCAUGCUUACAGCCAUCCCCGUGCCUUCUCACCAUGUAACCUCAGAGUAGCUUUACCAAAGAGUUUUAAAGUGAAUUUCUUUUUAAUAUAGACAUAUACUUUUAUAAUAACAAACGUGCACAUACACAUAUACAGAAAUAUUUAGAAUUAGAUAUUUUUCUUUCACAAGGUCUAACAUUGUAAAGGAUCCUACAACUUCAUUCUUCAAUUUCUUUAAUAUAUGAUUUUGCCUUGCUUUCAUAUUUUCUUUACUCUGCAUUUGAUUUCAGCAAUACCAAGUCAUUCUACUCGUUACUCUGUUAGCUACGUAAAGUUUUGCCUACUGUAGAGAUAUAAAGAUCGUAUUACUUUAAUGAUUAUACACACUGUCUUUUGAUAUAUUGCCUUACUAUGAUUUAAAUACAUAAAUAGAAAAAAUAUGUCUGUAACUGAAAACUUGUAAAAUGCUAUCUGAAUUGUUUAAAUAUCGAGAGCACAAACACUUGGUUCUUCUUUAUAAAGUGUGAUACGUAGGACAGGGGGAAAAAAGACCCACUGUCAUGGGCUCUGCAGAGAACAUUUCAAAAUAAGAUUCUAUUUCUAGAGUGGUGGGGAUGGCUCUCUAAGCCUUGCAUGAAACAGACAAGUGCUCUCCCAUAGCUAAGCUCCCCAUCCAGAACAAGAUUUUGCAACUGUUUGGAAUCCCAUCUCAGACUGGCUCAAUAUGGAGCUGGGCAAACAAAAUCGGUCUUUAAAAGUCAUAAAUAAGUCACCACAAGUCCUAACUCAAGGCCUCCACGUUAAUGAAAUAUUGCCAUUUCUGCAGCUCAAAGAUGUGGGUUUUUUUCCCCCUGUCACCAGCACAUUGUUGUCCCUGUUGGAAUGACUUCUCUGAUCAAAAUGACAACAUGGGUUAUAUGCUGAUUAAUGAAAUGAACUUAAAAACACUAAUUGUUUUCUAUGGGAAAAUCUGCAGAUAUGUCUAUGGUGGGCUGUUAAAAACAUACGGGCCUUAAUGACGAUGAACAGCUAUUUUGUAUUUGGGUCCAGGGGAGGGGGAACACACUUUGUAUGUGGCUGCAAUAGAACGUUGGUUCACCAGAGACAGGCCUCCGCCAACAUAACUGUCAACCAUCUUCCUACUUACUACAAAUCCUAUUAAUGUGAACCAGUCGGGAAGAACAGUGUUAUUUCUAUUUGAUACAGUUUGGGCUUCUCCUGUCAGCUCUGUGUCGGUUGCCCCCUGAUCUUUCCAUUAUCAAGUUUUGAAGGGUGUUGGGCAAAUUAUGGCAGCUGCUAAGGAGAUCAGGGAAACACUGAUGCCACCUCCCAGCCUCUCACCAUCCCUCUUGGCUUGGAAAGGCAUAUUUUUUUAUAUAUACAUGUCUAGAAAUAUUGCCAUUCUACCUUAGUAUUUCACAUUUGUAGUUUAAACAAGUGAUUGUCCAUCUGUUGCCUCGAGCUACAGUACAUGUGUGUUAUGAAUGAAAUAUGACAGCAUGUUCCAUACCCCUGCUUCAGCCAUCUGUAGACAACCAGCAACCGAAAAAGAUACCUCUGCAAAAUGUGCCUUGAGUCCUGUCCUGGGAUGGCUCUUCGGGUGCACUUUCGUGAGAGACAAUCAGAAGCCACCCAUAAGUGUGCCUUAUUCUUAAAUAAUCUGUUUACACUACUAUGACCGUUGCUCAGUAUAGAAAUACUAAAUCCCAGAGAUUGACGAUAUCACAUACAGACACGAGGCGGGGGUGAAAGGAGAGAGAGAACUGGAGCAGUUCCGUCUUAGUGUACUGUCUUCCAUUUGGAGGGACCUCAAGGGUGUCUGUGAGAGCAUGCUCCCUGCCAAGGGGCUAUGUUGGGCGUCCUAAGUGCUUGUGAUUGGAUCUUCCUCUUGUUUUGCUAGGAUAAUAAUACCCAUUCACCACACACACCUUUAAAUUGGAUUGUUUGUUUGAAUUAAUAAGGAGCAGUCUUGAUUAUUGAGCAAGUUAUAAUUGUGGGACAACCAUGAAUAUUUCCAGACAAGUGAUUUAGUUGACUGAUAUUGGAAUGGACGUGCUUGUGGUGCGGUAGGUUUAGUUAGCAUAGCUGUAUAUGUCAGAUCUUUUACAAUCAACCUGGCCAAAGCUACUGUGAUUAAUGCAAUUGUUUAGGCCUUGCUUUCUCCUCUUCUAUCCUUUCUUACCUCCCUCCCUCCACUUAUUCCUUCUUUCCAUUGUACCUACUAUUGCUGCCCUAUUUGGCCCGUCUCGUUAGUUAGGAUACUAUAACAUUACAAUUGCAUUAAAGGAGAAAGGCUACCAGAACAUAUGCUUACCAUCCAGACAAAACUUGUUUUACGGGUGCCUACUCUUUCAGUUGCGUCUGUUCCUAGAGGGAGCUGCCGUCUUUCCACUGUAAUUUAAUCAGUCCUUAUCGAGGACUUUGGUAGUAGAGUCCUUUAAAACCGACCCAGUGUUUUCACUCAUUUGUAUGCAAAGAGAUCUUUCUAAAGCUAGACCGGGAUUUCUUUUUAAAACAAGCACAUUUUGACCACGAAAUACUUGUAUUUUUAGUGGUAGAACAUCAUGUUGUCCCUUUGAAAUGAACUUGAUAAUUUUCCUUGUGGCAAGGGGAAGCUACUAACUUUGAACAUUGCAGCGCUUAGCCCAUGGUCCAUAUUAAAUAAUAAUAAUUGACUCUAUUUGCAAGGGAUAGUUUAACACUAGGAUUUUCCUUAGAAUGUAGAUUGUUUUGCAGGCAUAUUUCCCCUUAGCACAGAGGAGAAAGAUACUAAUUUACUUUUCUGUUCUAAUUUUUCCUUCCUUAUGCAAAAAUUUGAGACAAUAUUUUAGUUAGCCACCAUGCAGAUGACUAAUUGUGGAGAGCUAUGUAAAAGACACACUUUUAUCCACGUGAUUGAAAGAAAAUGCUCCAAUCUUUGCUCUUUGCUUCUUCUGAUUGUUGUUUCUUUUAUAGCAGUAUCUAAGCAGAAUGGUAAGUAUCUCUGCUGCUAGCAUUUGUUAAAAAUUAACAUGCUACGAAUAUUAAAAUUCUUUUAUAAUAUUUAGAGUGAAUGGCUAAGUUAAGUUUUCCAAGAUGCCCAUCCACUUAGAGGCAAGCUAAAACUUCCUUUAUCAAACUCUGAUAGCCAUCUUCUGUGCUCCAGUUGAAUAUUGUUUAAAUGGCCACAAAUGCACUCUAUGAACUUAUCUUUGAACAGAACUUCUAAAUUCAGUUCUCAAUCCGAGAAGCAGAAUGUUCUGCCAAGAAUACAGAUGUCAUCAUGUCACCCCGUGCUCUACACGAACGCUGGGGGUGGGGGGGGGUCUUAUGGAACACAGACACUCGGAUGCUGUGCCUGGGUGAGCAGUGUCAGCAUCCUUAUAAAGAUCUGCAUCCUCUUGCUUUCAUGCCCGAGACCAUAACAUUUAUUCCUGGGUACGGCCAGUGUGGAAUACUACUCAGAGCAACCCAGCCUAGUUGGAAAACCACAUAAAAUCAUUGUAGAUUCCAGACUUUUCCCCUCCUCUCUGUGGUUUGACUCACCGAGUCCUUCAGCUUCUCAUUGAUUGGCAGGGACAGUGCCUGUCACCCUCCUGCCACCAGUGUCCACAUUACCCCCAAUGUUUCCUAAUUCUGUUUCCAGCCAUUCUGUGACUCAGCCAUGGCUGUCCGUCGGGGUGGGAGAAAGCACUUUUCUUGGGGUGUAAAGGAAAAGGAAUAGGAAUCCUUCAAAGGUAAACAAUGACCUCCCUGGAAAGGAAGUCCCCUGUAAUGGUGGGGCCAAGUGUACAAAACAGACCUCUUAUUUUCUGUGCUGGUUGGUUUGUUUGUUUAGCUUGUCUCACUGUUGCUUUUGAUGCUGACAGAAUCAGAGUCAUUGAGAAGACAGGAAGUGAGCUAAGGGAGAUUCCAUCCGUAAGAGUCCUGCUGUCUGGCAAGACAUAAAGUGUCUCGUGUCCUUUUCCUUUAUGCCUGUCUUCUCAAGGAUCUCACUUGUCUGUGUUUCCAUGAAGGAUAGAGAAAAAGCUUCUUGACACUUGGUAAGGUCUGCAUCAAUUCUAGUCUUUGAUUUUGAAACUCUUCCAUUUAUUUCUAACAUCUGUGUCUCAAGCAAGCAGCUUCCCUUUGUGAUCAAUUUAUCCUGUUUUUCCUCUUAAUGUCCUUAUUCCUUAACUGAUCUUGGUUUAAUGAUCACUGUUUACUAACUCUGAGAGUCAGGCUGACUGCAAUAAGAUCAAAUGAUGUCAGUCUAUAUUUCUUCCUAGAAAGGCGUGUGGCCUGGGAAAGACUAGUUCCUCACAGUGGCCUCUGUGGGAGUUCGGGGACGACAUGUGAGGACACCCUAGGCUGACCUACUGGCUUCAUUGGGAAGUUGGAGGAAGAGUCCUUAAGACGCAGCCGGACAGCAUAGGCUUCUUCCUGCAUAGAUGCAUUGGCUAUGAUGCAUGGAUUCUGGAGUCUUAAUCACAGCAGGAGAAGCUUUUAUAUCUUCAGGCUCAGUGAAGGAGGAAAGGCAUCAAAGAAAACACAACUGCUAAUCCCCUCCAAUCAGCAUUAUAGUUGGAGGAGGGGGAUGGUUGGCAAGAUACACCCAGCCCAUACGGCAGGGAUAGGAAACAGCUUCCUGUGGUCUUUGUUGCAACAAGCACACUCUUACUCUUAUUGAAGCACGCUACAUCCUCAGCUCUUGCCGUGUGCCUGUCUUUUGAGCCCUCCAAAAGGAACAAGUAGGCCUUGUCUACUUUUCUUUUGGGAACACAAUUAGGGCUCCCAGCCAUCUGUUGCACUUGGCGUUCCCAUUCUAUCAUGGACUCCAUGCUGCACAGUGAGGUUUGCUUAAGUAGUGCCUGUGUCAAGGAACCCAUCACCCGGGGAGGAAGUCCCUUUGUACCAGCUGUCCUUGUCAUUAAAAGAGAACCAGUCUCAGGGCUUAUGUUUCCUUGGUCCAUAAAACAAACCUACAAAACAUAAUAAAAUGCCGGCUUUCCCCUCGUUUUUACCUCCACUGUAUUUGUUUUGUUUUUCAGUCAUGUAUUAUUUUUAAAAACAACUUCCGUUUUUAGCUGAGGAGUAGAAAUGCUUUACACAGUCACAAAACCAGCCGAAAUGAUUUCUGACAAUCACAGGUUAGAUGUUGUGUGAGUUCCGUCAGCUGUCUUUUCUAUUCAGGAAACACCGCUGUUCUGACAGCGGUCAGGUAGCUUCGUGUCCUCCCUUCGUAACUGUCCGUGAACAGUUUGCUCCAUUUAUCUGACCCAUUGAUAAUGACCUUAAAAAGGAAGGGAAACCUCACUGUGUAACCUCCCGCUCGCAGAAAGAAAACAUCUAAAGGAAAAUGUGGUGGUACUGAUGAAAACUCACCACUUCUGAUCAGUUCUUCAGCACAGAAGCCCACCAUCCCUAAGGAUAGGAAUGUCUGGUUCUGCUUUUUAUGUAAAAACAUAUAAAUUCUCUCGCCGUUGCCCUGGGUUACAGUUUAGCUAGCAAUCAUUAGUCUUAGGAAGGGCAGGCUUGUGUCUCCUCUACAUCUGAAUCUGAGAGCCCUGUAGCAAGAGCCUGCUAUCCGCCCCUGGGUAGGUAGCACCUAUGGGUGAAUUUCUGAGCUGUAAAAUAAUGAAAUUCCUGAGAGAGCUUACAAACUGCGUUCACACGUAGAACAGCCCUGGGAAGAUGGUUAUUAAUAGCCUUGUCCUAGAAGAGAAAGCUGAGGUUCAGAAUCAUUAAGUGUCUUGCCAGAAGCAAUAGAGCUGGUAAGGGUGAGAUCUGGGCAUUCACCCAGCCCUUGUUCCGCACAUCUCACAGGUUACUGAAGGCCCUGUUGAAAAAUAGCCACGGAAAUUCACAGGGGCCAUUUGGGUAUCCGUGGCGGGUGCACAUGUGUGUUACAGUGUUGCGCACCAUGAAGAGCUUGCGCGUGUCUCUGUCAUCUUGUGGGAAGCCCUGGGUCUUUGUGACCAGCACUGGGAGGGAGCCUGUGGGAGCAAAUGGCUGUGCAGAAAGCACAGUGCAGCAAAUUUCCCCAGAGGGCAUUGGUUUCCAUUAACCACAAAGCUCUCUGGGCCUGUCAGGUUCAGCAUAUCAACUGAGACCAUGCCGUUUACGUACGGUGGUGUGCAGAGGUGACCUGAGUUUUAGGAAAGCCCUCCGUCCCGUGGGCUUGUACAUCCCACAGAGGCAGAAGCUGCUAUAAGUUAAAACACACACACACACACACACACACACACACACACUAGUCUCUCUGUUCACGUUUAUGUAGAGCCUGCCAAGAGUAUGCUGACAGAACAGGAAUUUUUGAUCCAAUAAACCCAUGGCCAAAAGGCCUUGAAAUGCCUAAGCCAGUGCUAUUGAGUGAAUGGCCUUUCUGAAAUUUAGCCUUCUUCAUUUGAUAGGCGGUACCUCUUAGGCUGUGGGAUGUUUGUAAUUAGUAUACCCUCAUCACAGGGAGCUUAGCACUAUGUUUAACAACAGUCUUACUUGGAGGACCCCAGGUAUCUUCUGCAAGUCGGCCCACAUCACAGCUAACAACAACAACAACAAAAAAUACCCUUUUGUGGCUGACUCACUGAGAAGCUGUUCAUCCCAUGUGCAGUCAGGGCUUUCUUUUUUCUGUCUUGUCUACCUUCUGGUUAUGUGCUACAAGUGGAAACCCACCGAUCAAUUAAAAUAUCCUUUCUCCACAGGACAUCUGCACUAAAUCUAGAAAGCCUUUCAAACGCCCUAGUUUGUAAAUUCGACAUUUUCCUCCCAGAAGUCUCUGCUCCAUCCAGCCGCUCAUCUGCCUGUUCUCUGAGAUUAGGAAGAGGCAAGUUAAGCAGCAGAUAGCCUCUCUGCCUUUCCCAAUCUUUCCACAGGGGAGAUAGAGGGCACAGAGAGGACCAGAAGGUUGGCGUCAUUGCCUGAGCACUCACAGCCCCAGGCGGGAAAGGUGCCUUAACUCUCUGAGAGCUUUGAUGGAUUUUAUGGCCAGUAGAUUGGGAAGGAUUUCCUCUGGCACAGAUGGGGAGCCCACCCAAACUAUAGGUUAAUUAAACCUUUUGAGCUCUUCUCAGAAUUCCCAGAUGAGUUUCCGAGGAGAGACUUGCCCCUGUAGAGCUGACCCGUCUCAUUAGACAAAGGGGCAGUAAAGGGGUGAAGGCAUAAGGUUGUUCCUUCAUGAAAAUACUCCUGAGAUACCUUCACGAAUCAGCCACAAAUCCUGAUUUGCCUUCAUAUAAUGUAAAGAAAGGGAAAAGGGAGGGAUGAAAUUUUCCCUUCUUCCACCCUAUAUAAUAUAGUUCCAAAGAUGUAGAGAAAGCACAAUUGUCUUUGAAACACACACACACACACACACACACACACACACACACACACACAGGUCUUCACCAAGAAAGCUGAUUCUCAAAAAAAAAAAAAUCUUAUUUUAAACAUUUCAACUCUUCAGGCCAGGGAAUUAAUAAAUUCCUAUAGACCUGACCCAUUUCCAUAGCUGCCAAAAAGGAAAACAGAAAGCUACUUAAAUCUUGUGUGGAUCUAUUUAUCUUUUAAAAUAUGUCAAAGCGAUUUGACGCAGGAGUGGAAAGCGAGCUGUUUCUCUGCCUUGCUUGAGUCUCUCUGUUUCUGCCAGGGAAAGACUAAGGAACCAGAAUUCUUGAGGCACUGUGUUGCCAUUUCCCGUAACAUCUGUUUCCCUCCGUAUUGAGUUGUAGGAAUUCAUAUCUGCUUUCGUAAACCCACAUCCUCCAUCACGAGGAGUAAAUGUUAAACCUGAAUAUCUUUGCUUAGCAAACUAUUUCAUUCCGUUUCUCAGUCAGAAAAUGUGAACUAGGCAGAGCUGGCUUGCACAUCUACAUCCUCUCUCGACCACCUUGUGCUUUCUUUCUUAGGGGAGCCUCGUAUGAAAGAAAAACAUCCUAGUUCCUCCUCAUCCCUCUUUGCCUUUGGAUAGCCAUGAUGCUCAUUUAGUAAUUAAAGGUUUGGAACUUGGCCAGGUUAUGAGGUGUCUGCCUAACGUGUUUUGUUCCUUCGAACAGACUGGGAAGAAAGGGAUUUUCAUCAUUUAAAUACCAACCAUGAGAAUGGUCUCAUUUUGCCUAGCAAAUAGUAAAUUUGACACUGAUAUUUGGGUGAUAUGUGCACUAUAGUAAUCUUUUGUGUUCUUGAUUUCUAGAAGAGUGUCAAAUACAUCAUCGGUGUAUGGGAUUACAUCAUCAAAAGUCCUAGUACCAUAGACCUCAUUCACUCAGUAGCAAACUGAAUUAGCCUGGACCCUCCUUUUACCUCAAGCAGAGAGUCUGAACUGAGAUGGGUCCCAGAGGAGAUGUAGGCUCCAGAAACUUAGCAUAAGUGUUUUUCAGUAAUGUAGUAGCGAAAUCCUCUCAGUGACUAGCCUUUGCUUCCCACUGUGUCACUGGGGACACCUGAUAAGCAAAUUAUCCAAGAUCUCUCUCCUCACUGAUGAAAGGUAGAAUAGUUCCCUCUGAGGAUCAAAAUUGUGUCUUUCACUCUUUGUUCUUUUCUGUAUGUUUGUUCUUUUGUUGUUGCUGUUGUUGUUUUUAUUUAGAGACAGAAUUUCUCUAUAGCCUUGGAGCCUGUCUUAGAACUUGUUCUGUAGACCAGGCUGGCCUUUGAACUCACAGAGAUCUGCCUAUCUCUGCCUCCCAAGUGCUGGGCUUAAAGGCUUGAGCCACUGUCACCUGGCCAUGUUGUGCACUCUCUUUCCGGAAACACUUCAAGGAGGAAAAUAGAGUUAAACAUGGCACGUUGACUGUCUGCUUCUUGAGUAUGAAUAAGAUUGCCUCGUGAAAUCAUGUGCCUUUCACAAAACCUUACACUUAGAAGCCAAGUUUGUACCGCUGCAGGGAACUCCGAGCUCUGGGUCCGCACAUAGCCUGGUUUGGUUUGGUGCUGUCUGAAUCUACGCCUUUAUCAUCCCUAACAGAUUCAGGGCUUUUCUUCCUCUACUGCUAAAAUGGGGAUGUGUGCAGUUAUGAACUGAACUCUCUAAGUACUAAGCCCGUGCCACCAAGUAGUUGUGGCACAAAGGCAGAGCCCGCGGAUGGUAAUUUUGCCUGAGCUGCACACACAGGCUCUUCUCUCACGGCAUUGUCGCGGGCCUUUCUCCCUCUGUGCCAUCACCUUUGAGAAAAUGAUCGCACCUUCUCAGAGCCUGCCUUUCUAACAGCUACAGUGGAGUUGGCAAGACUUCCCUAGCUCUGAAUAUAGCCAUUUGCCGACUCCGGCCUCUGUGAGACUGAUUCAAAUCUGUGAUCUUCUGUUCAGCACACACAUCAGCAAAGUGAGAAUAUGGGUGCUAAAUAUAGGCUCUAUUAACUUUACUUUUAGAUGUACUGCCUUCAAAAAGUGCCUAUUCUGAGAAACAUAAACGUUAUUCCUACAUAUGUAUGUACACACGGUACCCGAAGUCACGCUGUUCAGCCUUCGGAAACACCAUCCGAAGGAGUAGGUGCUGAGCUAGGGGAGGAAUUGGCUCAUUUCCAACCUCCGCCACCGUGGCUACCAUGAAAGGGACCGAAACAGAGUCCCUGGCACUUCCUACAGCCUCUUUGCGCUUACAUGCCUGGAAUCGUGGCAGACUGCUGAGGAACUUGUUCUCCGUGGAAAUAAUUUGCUCACAAACAUUUAGUCAGGAGGAGAAAUAGGCAAUUAAUAUAUGUCAUGUGUGUGUUGAUAAACUUAAGUAUUGCUAAGUUUAGAGUGUCAGCAGGUUUCUCUUGGGCUAACAGAGAGAACUAAAGAAAAGUCUUGGCUAUAGGGAAUGUAGGCUCCGGAGGCCAAGUGUCCCUGCCAGAUCCUUGAAGCAUUUUCCCUCCAGCUCCUAAGAAUACUAGCGCUUGUGCUAUUUGAGGGCUUUUGUUCCUGGAGCUCCGUCAGCGACGGAGGAGCUCUAGGUGUUUGUGAUGAGGCCGCAACAUAGCCCGGAAGGGUGAGUUUCUGCCUAGUGGUGGCAACAGGAGAGGAGCCAGGUAAAUAUGCUGAGGUGGAUAGAGAGACUGUAUGAUUGUAGAAGGGUUGAAGGGAGGACAUGGUUCCAAAAAAGAUUGUUCUCAAUGUGUCGUCUGACUCAACCAGCUGGCAGAUCACACUUGCCAAGUUGCUUCCUUUCCUUCUAAGUCACUUGGCUCCACAUUCCUGCCGAUACGCCUCUGAGGACAGGAAGAUGUGUCCACUUAGCCUUUCUGAAACGACGCAUAGUGACGUCCUCUUGGUCACAAAGCUACCAAGAAAUGCCACCACUCCCACGCAGUUUCGCCAAGUGAUAGUAAAGGUGACAAGCUGUGGAAGAUACAUUUGAUACAUAGUCAUCAGCCACUCCGCUUUCCAUAUAGGAGCCCAGCAACCCAAACAGGAGCAGAGGGAGCAAUGGGGCCCUGGGGGGGGGCAGCUCCAGGAGUAUGGCCCUGCUGCUUUAAUAGCCUCGUGAUUGGAGCCAAGAGGAUUUUGCAAAGAGAGUUGGGCAGUACUUCCCUCCAAAAUAUUUCUCCCAUUGCCAAUCCUUUUUUUUUUUCUGUUAAUUUCAACACUAGUAGGUUUUCUGUUUUUUGACGUGAUCAGAUUUUAGUGCUAGAAAAGAAUGCCAAAAUGUCUGUGUGAUGUCAUCAAGUCUUUGAGAUGCAUAGGUUCUCUUUUUUGGACAAACUGAGACAGAUCCAACGUGGCCUUGCUCUGGGUUUGAGUCCCUGUGACUCGUGACCACGAGAGAUAGCUGUGUGUGAGAACUAAGUCCUGUUUAAUGGUACAGGUCAAAGAUAGGGGAGCAGAGCAUUGAGCUUUCUUUGUGCCCUGUGUGCCCGCUGGGAGCAGGCCCUUGCUCCUAGCUGAUCGCAGCCACAGCCCCAGCAGCAGCAGCUGGGAGCCGCAGCCACAUUUCCAACAGGGGAAGCCACACAAAAGCGUACAGCAUAGGAUGUUUUUCAUUCUUGUGAUGCUGACAGCACCACAGUAUUUCCACAGGGUAAUCAAACUGCAUGGGUGCCCUGCCUCAUCAACCACCCCUGACAUCCCCACAGCAGCACACGUAGUUCCUAACGAAAGGGAGAAGUUGUGUUAUCAGACUGUGAUUUGGGCAAUUGCUUUUGUAUUUACACAUUGUUCAAUUAUAUUAAAUCAUGUUUUUAUUUACAUUCUAUAAGUUUUGAUCAUGUCUUCCCAGUGCUCUAUGAGAAUAAAUACAAAAAUCACAUUUUUUUCUUUCUGUAAAAGAACUACUUUAUAUUUAGAUAUGCAAUAAACUUCUCAUUCCA